AUGCGAGACAGUGGGGGUAGCCUGACCCAGAACCGCUGGCAGGGAGAUCUGGGUCUGACUGCUGUGGGCCAGGAAGACACCGGUGGAGGCGGGAUUCCCGGGGAGCACCUGAUUGUCCCGGGUUCUGACCAUAGCAUCCCUAGCCCCAUGCACCUGCGCUUGGGUCAGAAAGAGCGGGUGUGGAGCGGCGAGGACGAGGCGGAAGAAGAGGGGUUGGACCACAUCAACGCAGAGUUCGCCGACGAGUUUGAAGGUGGCUGCUGGGAGGAAAAUGAUGACGAUGAGGAGGAGGAGGAGGAGAACGAAGAAGACGAGGAGGAGGAUGAAGAGUCGGGGGCUGUGACGGAUUGGACCGUGGCGGACAUCGCCGCUCAGCAUUACAAACACUUCGGCAUGACGGAGAAUGUCGAGGACGUGACGAUGGUAGAAGAAGAGGAAGAGGACGAUGGGGAAGUAUCACUGUCCGGAACGGGCCGGCAGACAUUGACGCCCCACCCGCACAGGUUCCGGGCUGUGCGGCGCUCCUGGCAACGGCGGCCGUUCCGCGGCACCCCGGGCUAUAUGCUCAGCCUGCAGUGGAAGCGAUGGAGGCAACGAGCCCAACGGGUCUCCUUCCUUCAUCUGCGUUGGAGCCUGAAAGCAACCAACUACAAUUGUUACAACAACAAGACCAAGAUGAAACACUAUCGUCGUUCGGCGUACUCUGACGACGAGAACAGCGACGAUGACGGAUUCCCUGCGUCUGGUACGGCACAGAUUCCUUCCGUCUCUGAAAAUGCCGCUGGUGGAAAUUCUCAGGAAAAACAAAGGAGCGGCUACUCUCCGAACAGGCCCGGGGACCGAGGCCGACGGGAAGCAGAAGACAAACGGGCCGAGCCGGCGCUUUCCGAGGAGCACGUGAGCUGCGUAACAGCAAUUCUGGAAGAAUGCCUGCAGAAAUACGGCAGUUUGAUCCCGAUUCACACGGAAGAUGUCACGGAGAGGCUUCAGGACAUCUUCAGCGAGAACUUUUCGCAGGGGCACAGGAAAGCCAUGGUCCAACACUUGAUCCAGUCCUUCCAGCGUUCCUCGGGAUCGGCUCUGGCCAAAACCUUCCGAGUCAACUACAAACGGCACGUUCUUACAAUGGAUGACCUCGGCACUCUUUAUGGACAGAACUGGCUCAACGACCAGAUUAUGAACAUGUAUGGCGACCUGGUCAUGGAUUCGGUUCCAGAGAAGGUUCACUUUUUCAACAGCUUUUUCUAUGACAAGCUGAGGACAAAAGGCUACGAAGGAGUCAAACGGUGGACGAAAAAUGUGGAUAUCUUCCAGAAAGAUCUGCUGUUGAUCCCCAUCCACCUGGAAGUCCACUGGUCUCUGGUCAGCGUUGACAUUCCUGGGAAAACCAUCUUCUACUUUGACUCCCAGAGAACCCUUAACAGGCGCUGCCCCAAGCACAUUCAUAAGUAUCUGCAAGCAGAAGCCAUCAAAAAAGACCAGAAAGACUUUUUGACCGGCUGGAAAGGCUUUUUCAAAAUGAAUGUGGGCCGGCAGAACAACGACAGCGACUGCGGGGCGUUUGUCUUACAGUACUGCAAGUGUCUGUCCUUGGGCCAGCCGUUCAGCUUCGGCCAGCAGGACAUGCCUCGCCUGCGAAGGCAAAUGUACAAAGAACUAUGCCACUGUAAGCUCACCGUGUGA